AGCUCCGGCAUUGUUGAUAAUUAUAUACUGAAACACGUAUGCCUUCGUCCAAUUGGAUGAAUUGAUAUUAUAGCCAAAGGCUUUUUAAAUAACACGCCAGCACAAUCGUAUAGAGCGUAAUUUACACAAAAUGUAUAUGCGGUGGUUACAUGCUGUAAUGCAGUUGCUUAACGAUAGUUUAUUUCAUUUAUAAGUUUAAGUAGGUACUUUUAUAUUUAUAUGCAUAUAUAUAAUAUACUCUGUACACGUAUUAUUUUGAUAAUUUAAAAUUGGUAACCUCGUGCGUUUUUUCACUUCAACAGAAACCGCCGUGUACUUUUGGUAUAAUGAGGUUGCAAUGGUUUAUGCGCGUCUUCGCAUUUUUUGCUUUCGUAUUGUUAGUGAUGUCUAUGAUUCAAAGAUUUAAAUAUAACCAAGAUAACUCUGUCAUUGAAUCUAACAGCCAAAAACUAUCCAAAUGUAUACAGACCCUACAAAACCUGCGGUUGGCCAAUGUCAAAUUGAACGCUGAAUUGGACAACUUGAAUAAAAAAAUAAGAAACCAGCAGAGAAUAAAGGAAUUAAGGGACAGUGAACCAAUCACCCCAUCUAAAGAAUACGAGGUUCUACGACGCCGUAUAUAUUCAAACACUAAAGAAUUUUGGUAUUACGUCAAUUCUGGAUUGAAAUCAUUGAAUAAAUCGAUGAUUGGCGUAGAACGUAUUCAUAAAAUUAAAAAUAUUGUCGGCGAACACUUUAGAUCUUUAUUGAAAGACGUUUCUGGACUGGCUGAAGUCGACAACUACUCGAAGUGGAGACAACAGGAAUCCGAAAGUUUAAGUAUUUUAGUUCAAAGCCGAUUAGAAGAAAUACAAAACCCACCCAAUUGGUUCACAGCAAGACAGCUAGUGUGCAAAAUUGAAAAGUUUUGUGGGUUCGGUUGUCAAUUACACCACAUUGUUUAUUGUUUUAUCGUCGCGUACAGUACUCAAAGAAUGUUAGUUCUGGACUAUCAUAAUAUUGAAGCCUGGAGGUAUGGUGAAGUAUGGCCAAAUAUUUUUCUUCCAUUUGGAGACACGUCUACUUUAUUAAAAAACAUAUCAGUUGUUAAAUGGCCAGGCAACCAAAACUCUCAAAUAGUUUAUUUACCUCCAAUUGACUCAAUUCACCCAAGACCUUAUUUUCUACCACAAAUGAUACCCGCUGACUUGGCUCCUCGGUUAACUGUCUUGCAUGGAGAUCCUAUUGUCUGGUGGAUAGGUCAGAUUCUUAAAUACAUGCUCCGACCACAAUUAUCAACUAUUCAUAUUUUAGAUGAUUACGCAAACAAACUCAAAUUCCAAAAACCUAUCGUCGGAGUACACAUUAGAAGAACAGACAAAAUCAAUAGUGAAGCUAGUUUACAUACGCUAGAUGAAUAUAUGGUUCACGUCGAAGAAUAUUAUAAACAAAAAGAGCUGAGUGGUAAUGUUAGCCGGAAAAGAAUUUAUUUAGCUACAGACGAGCAAACUUUAUUUGAUGAGGCCAAACGCAAUUAUCCUGAGUACGAAAUAAUCGGUUCUGAUGACAUAUCUAGAACAGCGUCCGUGAAAAACCGAAAAUCUAAAGAAGCUUUAAUUGGUAUAAUUGUUGACAUACAUUUUUUAUCCCUCAGUGACCACUUAGUAUGUACUUUUUCGUCACAGUUGUGUCGCGUAGCUUAUGAGAUAAUGAACAGUCUCUAUCCCGAUGCAUCAAGUCGGUUCACAUCAUUAGACGACAUAUAUUAUUUUGGUGGUCAAGCACAUAGAAUAAACGAAGCCGUGUUACCACAUAAGGCUAAUGGACCGGACGAAAUAGAUCUGCAAGUAGAAGAUCAGAUUUUCGUAGCUGGAAAUCAUUGGAAUGGUUAUUCUAAAGGCAGAAACUUAAGAACGGGAUUACUAGGCCUUUAUCCUACAUUUAAAGUCAUUCCGAAAAUCGAAACAACGACAAUUAUAGAUACUGAAACAAUAAUAUCACAAGAUGGUAAAAAUAAAAAUAACUAAAUGCACUCAACUGCACCGAUACCUAAAGGUAAUUUUAA